UCUAGAAUUUGUUCAAUUAUGUUUCAGAUACAUGAAGAAGGUGAUUCUUUAGCCGCAGUAGCAUGUGGAUUUGGUGGAGGCUCUUUAGUAAAUGCUGGAGUGCUUUUGCCUACGCCAAUUAGAACAAGAAGAGACAUUAGGUGGCCAAAAGAUUGGAAUAAGGACUGGGAACACUUCGAACGUUUAGCAUCCUCAAUGUUGGGAGCACAGGUGAUUCCUGCCGAAUUCACUAAUGCUCAAGUUAUGACACAAAUUCUCGAAGAAGAGAUUGAAGACUAUAAACCUGAUCCUAUAAAACUCAGCAUAAAUUUUGACAGAAAAGAAGAAGAAGAAGAAGGCCAUAAUUUGGUAGGAUCUAAAAAACUUGAAAGUUGCUUAGCUUGUGGCAAUUGCCUAUCUGGUUGCCCCUACAAUGCCAAGAACUCCACGGAUAAGAACUAUUUGGCUUUAGCAGUUGAGGCAUGUGCUUGUUCACCUUCUUAAUUCACCACUACUUAUUAUCUUUUACUUUACAAAAUGUUCUAAUUUAUUUUAGGCUGGAUGUGUGGUGAAAGCAGAAAUCAAAGUUCAAUAUAUUGUUAAAGAUCCAGGUGAAGAUUGUCUUUAUAAAGGCAAGUGUCAUCAUAGGAGGUGGCGAGUUUAUUUUAAUGAUUUAGAGUACAUAAGUUCAGAUUUUGUGGUUAUUUCAGCUGGAGUGCUUGGUACAACUGAGAUUCUCCUCAAAUCACAAAAAAGAGGAUUAGGACUUUCAGAUAGACUAGGCCUCGGAAUAAGCUGCAAUGGAAACAAUGUGGCAUAUGUUACAAGGAGCAAAACCCCUUUACGUGCUUAUGGGUUAAACAAGAAGCAAUUCUCAGAGGUUGCAUUUCAUAACAGGCCAGGGCCUGCAAUCUCUGCUUCAUUCACUUCUUCUAGCGGCUUCACAAUUCAGAGUGGAGUUCUUCCUACUUCAUACCCUUAUUUGUUCUUAAAGGGAAUAGCAACCUAUGGCUGGCCUACUUGUUAUUGGUUCUUACACGGGUUAAUAGAUAAAUUAAAAUGUAGUAUCAUGGGAUUAGAAGCUAUUCAUGAUAUGAUUCUUAAUGUGAUGGGUUAUGAUGCUUGUGAUGGAAGAAUAACAUUCGAUGACGAUGCAGAAAAGGUAAGAAUCAUUCCUCCUAAUGAUCCACUUCUACCAAAAAAGAUAAUAGCUUUACAGAAUAUUACAAGGAAAUUGGGAGGAAUUCUCUUCAUGUCAUGUUAUAGAAGCACUAGUGUUCAUCUCCUUGGAGGGUGCAAUGCUGCAUCAAAUGCAUCAUUAGGGGUUUGUAAUACAAACGGGCAAGUGUUUAACCAAAAUGCCAAUCAAGUAACAGUUCAUGAAGGUUUAUAUGUAUCUGACGCUUCUCUAAUUCCAUGCUCAAUUGGCACAAACCCUUGCCUUACAAUCACGACUUUAUCAGAGCAUAUUAGUCAGCACCUAGUAGAUGAUGUUCUAAAUUUCAAGAGUACAGUGCGCGAGAAGGAAUGCAUCGAACAUGCGGAUGAGAAUGUGGAUUCAAUACCAAAAACUACAAAAGAACAUGAAAAUAUGUUCAGUGAUAUGGUCUUGGUGAAAGAAAAAAUGAGAGGUUUUAUAGCAGGAAUGCCUUGCACCGCUCAUUUAAUAAUGAAUAUGAACUGUAGAGAUAACAAAGGUUUUGGCCCUGAAAGUUCAGUUAUAGAAGAUUCAAGUUCUCUUCUCAAAGGUAAAGUUGGUGGUUAUGUCAUUUUCAAAAGUGUUGAGAAGGAGAAGCUCUUUAUCUUGGAUGGUAAGGUGGACCUAUGUGCAGUAAACAGCAGAACUCCCUACACACAGUACAUGCAUUAUGGCCUAACUUUAGCUUCAAGCUCGGGUUCAAAAUAUAUUCUUGAAGGAAAAAAAGUGAUGAACCCUUUUCUGCUAGCCUCUCAUGCUUGGCAGGAGUCGACAACAAUGCAUGUUACUUUCAGAAAAAUUGAGAAUAAUGAUGGUAAAGCUCACAUACAACAUAAUAAUUCAGGCGAUGAGCUGCUGAGCCUUCAAGGUGAGCUCAGAAUAUCAAUCUUUCAGCUCCUGAGGAGUGUGGUUGGCUUGAAAGGAAAGCACAGAAGCAAAUUUAUAUGCCUUCUUUUGCAAAGUCUUUGGAGAACAUACUUCUUGCAAGUACCAAGAUAUAUAAAAGAGGAAUUUAACUCCCCCGAAGUAGAACAAGUCCCUUACCCUCCAUAUAUUCUUCACAGCUUAAAUACAGAAGAUGGUUGUACUAUUAGCUGCAAGCAAUGGAAGAGAAUUCCAAAUUUGUGGAAGCCUCAAGAGAAAAUAUCACAAUAUCCUGUACUUCUGCUGAAUGGAUACUCAGGAGAGAGUUAUUGGUUGCCAACGGAAAGGAGAGAUUUGGUCAGAAUACUAUUAGAGGAAGGAUAUGAUAUUUGGCUUCUUCAACCAAGAUUACAUCCUCUUCAUCCUUCAAACGACUUCAACAUUGAAGACAUUGGGAAGUUUGACAUUCCUGCCGUAAUAGCAAAAAUUCGCGAGGUGCAUGGUCCUUCAAGUAGGAUACAUGUAAUUGCACACUGUGUUGGGGGUUUAGCAAUUCACAUUGCUUUAAUGGGAGGACAUGUUUCUGCAAGCAAAAUUGCAUCUCUUUCUUGCACGAACUCCUCCAUGUUCUUCAAGUUAACAAACUAUGCUUCAGUAAAAAUGAGGCUUCCCUUACUGCCUGUAACAAUGGCAGUCCUUGGGAGGAACACAACAUUAUCGAUAACAGAUAGUUCAAAGGAUGAGUUUAGGCACUCUGUUCUGAAACAGUUAGCAAGAAUCAUCCCACGAACUGAACGAUGCACUUCUGAUGAGUGCGAGAUCUUCUCGGGCAUUUUUGGAAAUGCAUUCUGGCAUGCAAACAUAAGUAAAACCUUGCACCAGUGGCUGAGCAAGCAAAAUGUGACCCAUCUACCCAUGUCUGGUUUUCCCCACCUUCGCAAAAUUUGCAAUGCCGGCUUUGUCAUCGAUGCUGAAGGAAAGGACAUGUAUUUGAUUCAUUCUGAAAGAAUGGCUAUGCCCACACUAUAUAUUUCUGGCGGGAGGAGUCUUUUAGUGACACCUGAGACAUCUAUGUUGGGUUAUAGGUAUAUGAGGUUGCACCAGCCAGGAUUUCAACACAAAAGGGUGGUGAUGGAGGGAUAUGGACAUUCUGAUCUUCUCAUAGGUGAGGGAUCAUACAAGAGUGUGUUUCCUCAUUUUAUGUCUCACAUGAGGAUGGCAGAGGGCGGAGGGAGAAGGAAGGGGAGGGAAGAAAAUGUGGUUUAUCGGGAAGCUUAUUAUGAUGAUAAUGGUGGAUCACGGGGUUUUACAUUUUUCAUUUGUUUCAUAGCUAUUUUUUAUUUUUUUUAUCAAUUCUUUUGUUAGGCAUUGAAUUUUUUCCAUGUUGAUCUAUAUUGUUAUAAUGGUUUUCUUACUUUGUCACAAUU